UGGUCGGACCAGUUUCCGGUAACAUAUCCAAAAUGGCGGCUACCCUGGUGGCGCAUGUUGUCGCGGACGCUGGAGCUUUUUUAAAGAAAGCUCCGCUGCAGGACAUUGGCAGCAACAUCUACACACUGAGAGAUGUGGUGAAUGAGAUCAGGGACAAACCCACCAGGAAGAGUCUGGCCUUCCUGCCCUACCAGCUGACCUUUAAGGAGCCACAUCCUGAACACGUCCGUCUGGUGACCGAGUUCUCCAAGAAGACCGGAGACUACCUGAGUCUGUCGGCCACGGACAUCAAAGUCCUGGCUCUGACCUACCAGCUGGAGCUGGAGCACGUUGGCGGCCAGCACCUGAAGAAGGAGCCACAGCUCAAGGUGGACGUCCACAGCACACCGCGCCACCCAGAGACGCCAGUGAACGUAGCAGGCUUCCACUUCCCCUCCCAGAAACAUGUGGGCAGUCUGAGCGUCCACCAGAGGGCGACGUCGAGCUGUGAGAAGUUCAACAGCUUCCAGUUCUGGAGAGAACCGCUGCCCUCCAUCGACAGCCAGCUGCUGGAGCUCCUGGACCCGGUGCCGGAGGUCCAUCAGAACCAGACAGACUCGCAGUUCAACAGCUUCCAGUUCUGGCGGGCGCCGCUGGCCUCCAUCGACCGGCUGCUGGAGCUGCUGACCAUGGACGACGUCCCCAUGCAGGACACGCCCCUGCAGACAGAGGACCAAUCAGACGAAGACAAAGAGAACGAGCCUGAAGAGGAGGAGGAGGAGGGAGGAGGAGGAUGGAUCACUCCCAGUAACAUCAGGCAGCUGAAGAUGGACUCCGCUGAUUGGACGGCUCCGGCUGAUGUCACAGUGGGAUGUCUGACCACCGACUUCGCCAUGCAGAACGUCCUCAUCCAGAUCGGGCUCCACGUGCUGUCCGUCAACGGGAUGCUGAUCCGGCAGGCCAGGAACUACAUCCUGAGAUGCCACGCCUGCUUCAGGACCACCAGCAUCAUGACCAAAGCCUUCUGCCCCCACUGUGGCAACGCCACGCUGAAGAAGCUGGCGGUGACACUGGGGGAGGACGGCAGCACCCAGGUCCACUUCUCCAGGAACCCCAAGGUCCUGAACCCCCGCGGGCUGAGGCACCCGCUGCCUCUGCCCCAGGGCGGGAAGCACAGCAGCAACCCCCUGCUGGUGGAGGACCAGCGCGCCCCCCAGCAGCGGCAGUCCCGUAAGGCGCGGCAGCAGACGGACGUGCUGGACCCGGACUCCGCCGUGGGGGGGUCUCCCUUCUGCCAGAACGACGUCGACAGCCGCGCCGCCAACCUGCAGAUCAGAGACGGGCGGGGCGGCGGCGGCAGGAGGCGGAGCAACCCCAACGCCACCCACAAGAAGUCCGCGAAGAAUAAGUGAGGACGCACACGUGGACCCCGGGUCCAGAAGGAAGACUCCCGUAAUCAUGUGUAUGGAUCUCUAAUAAAUGUGACCUCAUGACCUC